CUUCUCUGUACUCAGCAGAUCUCUGUGAUAGCUUGAUCACGGGCCGGGCGAUCUCACAGGUCAUCUCUCUCGGACACUCUCUUGAUCGUCUGCCCCAGCCUUCGCCACCCGGACUCGGAAGGUUCCCGCGGCAGGUCCCUGCGGUGGCUGCGGCCCAGGAAGGAACUGGAGCGCCGGAACAUUCAAGAUCUUCCUGAAAGUCAGAAAUUUUAUGUUGAAUUUGUAUUCAGAAAGGGGUAAGAAAAGAGUAAUCUCUUAGGAGUACAGCACUGGAUAAACGAGGAAAAUUCUUCCAAGGAUGGUCUCCCACUCAGAACUGAAGAAACUCUUCUGUUCAGCAGAUGCAGUUUGUUUUGAUGUUGAUAGUACAGUCAUCAGAGAAGAAGGAAUUGAUGAACUGGCCAAAUUCUGUGGCGUUGAGGAUGCUGUGUCUGAAAUGACACGGCGAGCCAUGGGUGGAACAGUGCCUUUCAAGGCUGCCCUCACAGAACGCUUAGCUUUGAUCCAGCCCUCCAGGGAACAGGUGCAACGACUCAUAGCAGAGCAUCCCCCACAUCUGACCCCAGGCAUAAGGGAGCUUGUAAGUCGUCUACAUGAACGGAAUGUGCAAGUUUUUCUAAUAUCCGGUGGCUUUAGGAGCAUUGUAGAGCAUGUUGCUUCAAAGCUCAACAUUCCAUCAACCAAUGUAUUUGCCAAUAGGCUAAAAUUCUACUUUAAUGGUGAAUAUGCAGGUUUUGAUGAGAUGCAGCCAACAGCUGAAUCCGGAGGGAAAGGAAAAGUUAUUAAAUUUCUAAAAGAAAAAUUCCAUUUUAAGAAAAUAGUCAUGGUUGGAGAUGGAGCUACAGAUAUGGAAGCUUGUCCUCCUGCUGAUAUAUUCAUUGGCUUUGGUGGGAAUGUGAUCAGACAACAAGUAAAGGACAAUGCUGAAUGGUACAUCACUGAUUUUGUAGAGCUUCUGGGAGCACUGGAAGACUAAUACAAAAAUUUAUGUAGUUUAUAACAACUUCUGGUUAAUUUUUAAAGGUUUUAAAGUUUAAAACUGCUCACAAUGCUAUUAUAAAUUGAAUAAUGUUUGGUACUGUGGGUAUGUACUUCUAAGUAAACCCACAAUUAUGGCUCUUAGAAAAUGACAUUUUUAAAUUUUAGUUUCAGUAUUUUAUGACCAUUAAUUACCUGAAAAGUUUUAAAAUUUGUAUAUUUUCCUAGUUGUAUUUUAUAUGAAGUUUUUAAAAAAGAAGUAAACAGUAAACACUAUCACUAUUGAAAAUUUGGACAAAGCCACUCUAGAUGAGUAUCGGUUUUCCCUUUGGUAUAAUAUAUAAAUAAAAUUUUAUCCAUGUGAA